GUGGGAAGGCGCAGCUGCGAGCCAAGGCGCUGACCUCCUCUGAGCUACUCCGGCGGCUCGUAGGAUCUUCCCGACCCUGAAGGACUUGGCAAACUCCUACCUCCGCUCCCAUUAGCCUUUACCAAAUCUCCUUCCUUAGGGUCCCUCAUCGCAUCUCACUUUGCAGAAUUUAUCGCUUCUUCCAACACCUUUUUGUAACACCCCAGAACUCCGAGUCCCUUAACUGAAUUUGACUUUUGUUUUUAUUUCUCUCUGGCUUCCUCUUCUGCCCCCUCAGCUGAUUGAUGUGCGAAGGCUGAUGUCUCUGCCAGAGCGAGAGGAAUAAAUAGAUGCUGCCUCGCCUAGAGGCUUAGACGCCUGGGAAGAGCAGCCAGCGCAGCAAAGCACCGGGCUCCGCCAAGCUCGUGGACCGAACCUGGGAGGACUUGGAUCACUGUGAUUGUCCCGGGAGGGGACAGCUCCCCAGGUCGUUGUGCUCACCCUUCGGAACCGCAGCGGGAGACUUCGGAACGAACGAGCCUCUCGCGUCCGUCGCCCGGCUGCGCCCUGACCCAUCCUGCUGGGACCAUGGUCUGCCGCGGCUCCGGACGGAUGCUGCUAGGAUGGGCCGGGCUGCUAGUCCUGGCUGCUCUCUGCCUGCUCCAGGUGCCCAGAGCCCAGGCUGCAGCCUGUGAGCCUGUCCGCAUCCCCCUGUGCAAGUCCCUUCCCUGGAACAUGACCAAGAUGCCCAACCACCUGCACCACAGCACCCAGGCUAACGCCAUCCUGGCCAUCGAACAAUUCGAAGGGCUGUUGGGCACCCACUGCAGCCCGGAUCUUCUCUUCUUCCUCUGUGCCAUGUACGCACCCAUCUGCACCAUCGACUUCCAGCACGAGCCCAUCAAGCCCUGCAAGUCUGUGUGUGAGCGCGCCCGACAGGGCUGCGAGCCCAUCCUCAUCAAGUACCGCCACUCGUGGCCAGAAAGCUUGGCCUGCGAGGAGCUGCCGGUGUACGACCGUGGCGUGUGCAUCUCUCCCGAGGCCAUCGUCACCGCGGACGGAGCGGAUUUUCCUAUGGAUUCAAGUACUGGACACUGCAGAGGGGCAAGCAGUGAACGUUGCAAAUGUAAGCCUGUCAGAGCGACACAGAAGACCUAUUUCCGGAACAAUUACAACUAUGUCAUCCGGGCUAAAGUUAAAGAGGUAAAGAUGAAAUGUCAUGACGUAACUGCCGUUGUGGAGGUGAAGGAAAUCCUAAAGGCAUCACUGGUAAACAUCCCAAAGGAUACCGUCAACCUUUACACCACCUCUGGCUGCCUCUGCCCUCCGCUUAAUGUUAAUGAGGAGUAUGUCAUCAUGGGCUAUGAAGACGAGGAACGCUCCAGGUUACUCUUGGUGGAAGGCUCUAUAGCUGAGAAGUGGAAGGAUCGGCUUGGUAAGAAAGUCAAGCGCUGGGAUAUGAAACUCCGCCACCUUGGACUGGGUAAAACUGAUGCUAGCGAUUCCACUCAGAAUCAGAAGUCUGGCAGGAACUCUAAUCCCCGGCCAGCACGCAGCUAAAUCCUGAAAUGUAAGAGGCCACACCCACGGACUCCCUUCUAAGACUGGCGCUGCUGGACUAGCAAAGGAAAACUGUACGGUUGUGCUCGCGACUGAUUCUUUGCCACAGAUAUCGCAUGGCUACCGAAGUUACUUCCCGUUCCUUUUCUCCUGCUUCUUAAUGGCCUGGGGUUAGAUCCUUAAAUAUGUUAUAUAUUCUGUUUCACCAAUCAUGUGGGAACUGUUCUUUUGCAGCCAAAUAAUAAAUUAAAUUUGAUGAUGCUAAGGUCUCUGUACUGGACUCCACUGGUUUUAAUUUGGCAUUCUGUACCCCGACUGAGAAUGCAAAAUUUGAUGUGAAGAGAGCAUUCCAGCAAUAUCUCAAGCACUAGAUAUUGCUGUAAGACAGACUCUGCUGCUGUAGUUGUAACCUUGUGUUUGCAUGCCUUUGGGCAUUUCCCUCAUGCUGUGAAAGUUCUAAAUGUUUAUAAAGGUAGAAGGCAGUUCGAAAUCAGACACUGCACAAGUGGCGCAGCGCAACACCCGGAAGCACUUAUGAGGAAAUGCCACACAGAAUGAAUUAUUUUCAAGAUUGGCAGGCAGCAAAAUAAAUACUGUUGGGAGCCAAGAAAAGAAUAUUUUGCCUGGUUAAGGGGCACACUGCAGUCAGUAGCCCUUGCCAGUAACAGCAGCGUUCUUCUGGCAAAGUUUUUUGAUUUGUUCAUAAAUGUAUUCAGGGGCAGUAGAGAGAAACUUAUAGCUAGACAUCGGUGGUUAUCAUUAUAGCUCUGCUUCCUUCUAAAUCAAACCCAUUGUUGGAUGCUCUCCCUCCAUUAAUAAAUAAAUUUGGCUUGCUGUAUUGACGAGGAAAAGAAAGUAUUAAAGUAUGCAUGCAUGUGCACCAGGGUAUUAUUUUAAAGAGGUAUGUAGCUCUAUAAAAGACUAUAGUUUACAGGAGAGUAAAAUGUGAACAUUGAUUUUUUUUUUCUUUUUGCUUUGGGGCUUGUGAUUUUGUGUGUAUGUCUGUGUUUUGGGGGUGGGUGGGUUUCAGCCAUUGCACAUCCAAGUUGAACUAGAUUAAAGUAGACUAGGUUCAUUUCCCUGCACGUUAUUUGAACAUGUGCUGUUUAAUGCUCCACCAAGAUGUCUAAUAAAAGGAAUUAUGGUUGUCUCAAGCUGCAGCGAGACCCCCCAACAGCCCACAGGGAGCCUACAGUGCCUUUUCUUCCUUCGUGCAGCAGGGAUCUUUAGAGCAUGUGCCAAUCACCUGAAAGUCUCAUCCCCUGCAGUUUACACAUGUGGUAGUAGAUCCAGAGUCCUAUGCUACAGUGUGCCGAAAAUAAAACAUGUAUGAAACAAAUGA